GGAACCAGGUUUGCAGGAGAAGCACUGAGACCAAGCUGAAGGAAGGAGCGAGAGGAGGCAAAGCUGCUGUACCUGAAGAGAUCCAAGCAUGCUGUGGUUUCUAGAGCUGACCUGCGUGCUCUGCCUGGGAGGACACGCUGUCGCAGGACAGAGAGAUGGGGAGAUCAUCAGUCAGAUUAAAAUGACUAACCUCGCCUUGGCUGAGAUUAAAGAAUUGCUGAAACAACAGAUUAAAGAAAUAGUAUUCCUGAAGAACACAGUGAUGGAGUGUGAAGCCUGCGGGAUGGGAGGUAUUCCAACUCGUCCCUCCUGUGUUCCCAACCCCUGCCACCCUGGAGUGGAAUGUAAGGAGACUCCUCAGGGUAUAAAAUGUGGACCCUGUCCUGAUGGCAUGGAGGGUAAUGGCACCCACUGCACUGAUGUGGACGAGUGCACAGUGAUGCCCUGUCACAUGGGUGUUCGCUGCAUCAACACCUCCCCUGGCUUCCGUUGUGGCUCAUGUCCUGCAGGAUACACCGGACCUCAGGUCCAGGGUGUUGGCCUCGCCUACGCCACUGCCAACAAACAGGUUUGCAAAGAUAUCAAUGAGUGUGAAGGUCCCAACCAUGGCUGUGUGGAAAACUCUGUGUGUAUGAACACACCUGGCUCAUUCAGGUGUGGUCCCUGUAAGUCCGGCUAUGUUGGGGAUCAAAGACGUGGGUGUAAACCUGAGAGAUCCUGUGGAAAUGGCCAGCCCAACCCCUGCCACGCCAGUGCUGAGUGUAUUGUUCACCGAGAGGGAACCAUCGAAUGUCAGUGUGGAGUUGGAUGGGCUGGCAAUGGCUACUUUUGUGGUCCCGAUACUGACAUCGAUGGUUUUCCUGAUGAAAAACUAAAUUGUCCUGAGAGGAACUGCAACAAGGAUAACUGUCUUACUGUGCCCAACUCUGGUCAAGAAGAUGCUGACAAUGAUGGAAUUGGGGAUGCCUGUGAUGAAGAUGCAGAUGGGGAUGGGAUCCUCAAUACACAGGACAACUGUGUGCUGGUGCCUAACGUGGACCAGAGAAACAUUGAUGAGGAUGACUAUGGUGAUGCCUGUGACAACUGUCGUGCAGUCAAAAACAAUGACCAAAAGGACACAGACGUCGACAAAUUUGGUGAUGAAUGUGAUGAAGAUAUUGAUGGAGAUGGAAUCCCUAAUCACCUGGAUAAUUGCAAAAGGGUUCCCAAUGUCGAUCAGAAAGAUCGAGAUGGAGACAAAGUGGGAGAUGCCUGUGACAGCUGUCCUUAUGUUCCUAACCCUGACCAGAUGGAUGUGGACAAUGACUUGAUUGGAGAUCCCUGUGAUACUAACAAAGACAGUGAUGGUGAUGGCCACCAAGAUUCCCGGGACAACUGCCCAGCUGUAAUUAACAGCUCUCAGCUGGACACCGACAAAGAUGGAAAGGGAGAUGAGUGUGAUGAUGAUGACGAUAAUGAUGGCAUCCCAGACCUGCUGCCGCCUGGUCCAGACAACUGCCGCCUAAUUCCCAACCCACUGCAGGAGGACUCUGAUGGUGAUGGUGUAGGUAAUGUGUGUGAGAAGGAUUUUGACAAUGACACCAUAGUCGACACCAUUGAUGUUUGUCCAGAAAAUGCUGAGGUUACCCUCACCGACUUCAGGGAGUAUCAGACAGUUGUUCUAGACCCUGAAGGAGAUGCACAGAUUGACCCCAAUUGGGUGGUGCUGAACCAGGGAAGAGAGAUUGUUCAGACGAUGAACAGUGACCCUGGGUUGGCUGUUGGUUACACUGCAUUCAGUGGUGUGGAUUUUGAAGGUACGUUUCAUGUAAAUACGGUAACAGACGACGACUAUGCUGGGUUUAUCUUCGGCUACCAGGACAGCUCCAGUUUCUACGUGGUCAUGUGGAAGCAGGUGGAACAGAUCUACUGGCAAGCAAACCCGUUCAGAGCUGUGGCAGAACCUGGCAUCCAGCUGAAGGCUGUAAAGUCAAACACAGGUCCAGGGGAGAACCUGAGGAAUGCUCUGUGGCACACCGGUGACACCAGUGAUCAGGUGAAACUCUUGUGGAAAGACUCUCGCAAUGUUGGCUGGAAGGACAAGACAUCAUACCGCUGGUUCCUCCAGCACCGGCCAGCUGACGGCUACAUCAGAGUUCGUUUCUUUGAGGGUCCUCAGAUGGUGGCAGAUACGGGUGUCAUCAUAGAUGCCACGAUGAGAGGAGGCCGACUAGGAGUCUUCUGCUUCUCCCAAGAGAACAUUAUAUGGGCCAACCUGCGUUAUCGCUGCAAUGACACUCUUCCUGAGGACUUUGACACCUACAGAGUCCAGCAAGUCCAACUGGUGGCCUGACAACAACCAGCCAACCCUGAAACAAAACUCUUUCCUGCACAUCUGAACUCCAGAAAGAAAAUCAUGACUGUAGAGGUGUUAAAUAAAAAAGAUCCACCGGAUGUGAAACAGUUUCAGUUUUAAGAUGAAUCUGACCAAGUUAGAGCAGCAGCUGUCAGGAGGGGAGCGGUCACACUGUUAAACUGUCACCAAGCAGUUUGUCUUAAAUAAUGUGUGCAAAUUUGCAAAGAUUUAACUGUCAUGACAAAUAAA